AUAAAUAAAAAAACAGUGAAGAGAAGACAGAGAGACAUAGGAAGAAAUGGAAGUGACAAGUGUUGUUAAUUCAGUUAGGUUUCUCCAUUUACAAACGCGCUUUUCAUCACAAUUUGAAAGACACAACAACAAUAACAAUGGAUCCUUGUUGGUAUCAGCACAAAUAAACGCUUUUACUCAUUAUCAUCAUCAUCAACAACAACUUCAUCCAAUAAACCAGUUGUUAAGCAGCAAAAUGAAUGGCAGUAAUAACAGUAAAAGUGUGAUCAUCAAGUCAACUUCUUCAUCUACUUCAAUAGAAACUUCUGAAACAUUAACUGAAGUUGAAAGAAUAAAGCAAAGUUGUCUUAAGUGGAAAUGGAAGGGUCAGUAUUCAAUCAAUUAUUUUGUUUCAGCAGAUUCUCCUAAACCUCCUCUCUUACUUGUCCAUGGCUUCGGUGCUUCCAUUCCUCACUGGCGCAGGAAUAUCAAGACACUGUCACAGAAUUAUAGUGUUUAUGCUAUUGAUCUUCUUGGUUUUGGGGCAUCAGAAAAGCCACCAGGAUUUUCAUAUACCAUGGAAACAUGGGCUGAGUUGAUCCUGGAUUUCUUAGAUGAAGUUGUUCAGAAGCCAACAGUACUAAUAGGAAACUCUAUUGGAAGUCUUGCUUGUCUCACUGCUGCCUCAGGCAUUAUCAAACCAGAUUCAAGUCAAACUCUUGUUAAAGGAAUUGUGCUGUUAAAUUGUUCUGGUGGCAUGAACAACAAAGCAAUUGUUGAUGACUGGAGGAUCAAGUUACUACUACCCCUGCUUUGGCUUGUUGAUUUUUUAUUGAACCAAAAGGGUAUUGCCUCAGCAAUUUUUAACCGUGUUAAACAAAGAGAGAGUUUGAGGAACAUCUUGAGUUCAGUGUAUGGAAAUAAAGACUCUGUCGAUGAAGAGCUUGUGGAGAUCAUCAGGGAACCAGCAAAUGAUGAAGGGGCCUUAGAUGCAUUUGUAUCAGUUGUAACAGGGCCACCAGGACCUAAUCCUGUGCAGUUGAUACCAAAAAUCUCAUUACCUAUUUUACUUUUAUGGGGAGAUGAAGACCCUUUUACUCCAAUUGAUGGACCUGUUGGAAAGUACUUUUCUUCAUUGCCUUCCCAACAAGAAAAUGUUAAACUGUUUUUACUUGAAGGGGUUGGACAUUGUCCCCAUGAUGACAGGCCUGACUUGGUCCAUGAGAAAUUGCUUCCCUGGUUGGCCACUCUUUCAAAUUCAUAGGAAACACAUGAUGGAGUACUCCUAAGCAGCAACUAGUUGUUGAAUUGAAACCUUUUAUAGUUGAAUUUAUUGGUGAAUCAAACCUAUAAAACAGUCACAUAUAUUCCAUUUGUAUAGAUUAUGUUGUUUAUAAAUUGUUUGUUUAUAAACUAUCACAUACCAUUGGUGGGACAACACGUUGAGAGAACUUACAUUUUAAAUA